UUUGCGCUGAAAACUAAAAAUAAAUGUUCUAACUACGUUUAUUUCUCUCAAAUAAGCUGCUACCUAAAACCCUGACUAAAUGAUGAAAUAUUACGAAAUUAAUCUUUAUUUAUAUCAAAACUUAUUCAGAAUUUCAUCUGGUUGCGAAACCUACCGAAGUUAUUUAUAUGUAUAGAAUUUUUUCCUCGUUUCUAGCGCAUUGUUUAUGCUAGCUUCGCUGAACUUUAGAAUAGGGUAAGAUGUGAUUUCAGUGACGGUUUUUAUGACUUGCUAGCUGAAAGUGUGAGAAUGAUCAAGCAGAUUACUGGCCAGUCGCUAAAUGAAGCGUAAUCGCGCCAAAUCUGGCAACCUCUCAUAUUUAUUUGUAGUAUAAUAUUUUAUUGUGUAUUUACAACUCUACUGCAAUUAGAAUUGCGACCCAAGGAACAUUUAAUAUUCACAUAUCUACAUUGCUUAAUUCACUUCAAUAAUUGUUCAUUCAGUCCUUGAUCCUUAUGAGUGAAGGUUGCACAUCAUGAGCUCUCCGACGAAGACAAGUCCAAAGCCGACGAGAUUCUAUAGAUGGAGGAUAGCGCCCCUUUGGAGUCGCCUUCUGUCAAGGAAAGCUGUGUUGGUUUAACACCCACAGUUAUUAUUGAAAAUAAUGAUACUGAUUAUUGGAUUAACCUACUCCGUGACUCGAAAGCUAAAAUCACCUCGAUGCAGAUUGCUAUUAUGGAAUGCCAUAAGUUACGACCGGUUACGGAUGCUGACACGAUGACUGAACCACUACACAAAGCUCUACAAACGCUCAAGGCCCAGGCUGCUGAUGUUAGAGUUUCUAUUUUAAGUUUCAUCAUGAUCAUAGUACUUGUCUACACAGAGAUUCGAUAUUACAGCUCAAGUCAACUGAAGUUUGAAUACAGUGUUGAUCAUGAUAUUGAUAGUAAAUUGAAGAUUAAUGUUGAUAUUACUGUGGCUAUGCCCUGUGCUACUAUAGGUGCAGAUAUACUAGAUGUCACAAAUCAAAAUACUGAAUUCUUUGGAGAACUUGAUGAAGAACUUACACAUUUUGAAAUGACUGAAAUGCAGAAAGCUCAAUGGCAAACAAUGCAGAGAAUAAAUUUAUAUAUAAGAGAAGAAUAUCAUGCAAUUCAAGAUUUAAUUUGGCGAGAUGGUUAUACAAAUAUUUUGCGAGGUUUGCCAACAGGGAGUAAUGUACAUAAUGGUCCACCCAAUGCGUGUCGCUUGAAAGGCUCAUUAGUUGUAAAUAAAGUCUCUGGUAAUUUUCAUAUAACUGCUGGCAAGCAUAUUCCUCUUGCAGCUGGCCAUGCACAUAUAUCAGCAUUCCUUAAAGAUUCAGAUUAUAAUUUUUCUCACAGAAUUGAAAGAUUCUCUUUUGGUGAGCCAUCAGCUGGGAUAUUUGACCCAUUAGAAGGAGAUGAAAAAACUGCUCCAACUAAUUUUCACAUGUAUCAGUACUACCUAAAAGUUGUUCCAACUGAGAUUGUUAUGAAUGGUAGGAAACAAAAUGCAUAUCAGUACUCUGUUACAGAACAGGCUCGAGCCAUUAGUCAUCAAGCUGGUAGCCAUGGAGUACCAGGCAUAUACUUUAAAUAUGAUAUGUCAUUUAUUAAAGUAAAAGUAACUGUGGAAAAACAUUCUAUAUGGCGAAUUUUGGUUCGUCUGUGUGGCAUUAUUGGUGGAGUGUUUGCCACAUCAGGCAUAUUAAAUGGAUUAGUAAAGUUGGCUGUAGAUUUCCUGAAUAGAAAAAAGAAAAAGAAGACAGCUUUUUCCAUGACAUCUCCAAGUCUACCUACUGUACAAAUUAUAGCUCCAGAAAAGCCACCAAAAAUAAAUCAAACUUUGUAUUUGUAACAUAAAAACUCAUACAUUUAAUGUUAUAUAAAAUAUUUGUAUAUAAUGUAUUAAAUUAUUUUUAUAUGAAUAUUAGUAAAGUUUGUACUUAUAAGCUGAA